AUGCGGCUGACGAUUCUCUACCGUCUUCGUGUGCUUCACCUGCUCGACGAACUGCGCAGCACUGCUGGAACAAUGCGCCACAAUAUCGAUGACGAUACCCGAGUAUCCGCUUUGAUGUCGUUAUGUGAGCUCUGCAACGACACAACCGGACGAGGUCUACGUGAAGUCGUCUAUAUUUUAGCUCAGAAAUACGUUUAUUACAUCAUGGAUAUCAUUGAGUACGCUGCUGCUCAUAGUCAUCUUCGGUCUUCCUCAUCGUUCACCCUUUCACUUCAUAUUCUGGCGACUGUAGUCACGUAUGUGGACGAUCCGCGAUUUUGGAUACGAAACGCGAAACCAUUUUCUCGACUUGUAUCAUCAAAGGGUGGAAUUACGUCUAGUAUGCAUAAGAAGCUGUACGAGUAUUUAACUCCAUUCACGGAGCCGUUGCUACAGAACUUGGGGUCAGCUGGCUCGGACGUUGUUGGCCCUCUUAUCAAAGGAAUGAAAGCCGCGUUUGAACGAAGAAUGGAGCUUACACCGAUUCUUAGCACAAAUGUUCGCGUGUUAGAGGCUGUGUUAGUGAAUGCCAACAGUACAACUCGUUUGGAACUAUUUCACACUAUGGAACAAGAUGGAUCAUUGGACUCCUUGACUCAAUGGUCCUUCGGACUCGCUCAAAAUCGCCAUAGCGUAUGGCAGGCAGGUGAGCCGUCAUCAAGUGAGGCAGCAAAACGUUUCCACGUAUUUGCGUUUCCGGUGCUGCGCAUAUUUGCCUCGUAUAUCAAAACUUGUAACGAACUUAUUGGCGGUGCGCACAAGAGCGUAACUCCUCACGAACCUGGAGACGCCAAGAAUCCAGCUCAUCUCAGUCCACGUACAAUAGAGUUGCGAACGCUCAGUGACGCGAUGAUGGACACACUCCUUCUGAUGUGGAGUUCGGCUGGUGGAGUUAACGGACAGAGAUUUAAUCCUGAAUGUCAGAAAAUCCGCCAGGCUGUUUUUGGACGUCAUCACCCCCCAUCUUUGUUCCACGAGAAGACCCUGACGGCACUUAUUCGUCACAUGCUGUCUCGCGGACGUAAAAGACCCUCAUCUGUUUGCUGCCACCCUCAGUCUCAUGCUGAAUCUUGCUCCGUGGGCUCCGCCACUAGCGAUCACAAAAAGUGA